ACAGACGAUAGGCCAUCCCAUUAGGUACCUACUACCUACUACUCAGUUGAUUCAUAAUAAUAUCGUUUAUCAAGUCAAUGGAAGAAUGGAUGAAUAGAAUGCCCGCAGCAUAGGUCAGUUCUACAUUCAGUGGUGGUGAUUAUUUGUUAUUGUGUUUUAGCUUUGGUGAAAAGAGUCUCAUUGAUUUGUACACGGCCUGUAUGAGAAUUUGAAUUGACUAUUUGUCGAUUGUUUAUUGAUUUUGUUUGCGAGAAAUUUCCACUUACUGACGGUUUUUGCCAACAAAGGAGUGAAGAGACUAUAUUGUUGUUACUUCCUGAAACAUUGAAACGAUAACACAUCGACUGAAAAGUCCAACAACUGAAUUUUUAUAUGAUUGACAAGUUUAUUAAGUAAUACUGAUACUUUUCGAUCAUAAAUUAAAAAGGCUCGAACAUUUUUGUUGUAGUUCAAAGUGAUGUGCGAUACAUUGUGAUUUGUGACAUUUGAGAGGUUGGUUAUUACAAACGUCGAAAACUUUGGGAUCAACAAAUCAAAUCUUGAAAACCAAGAACAAAUGCAAUACAGAUUUGUUUAAGCCCCUUGAGGGAAAUUAGAAAUGGUGGACUACUACAGAACACUUGGCGUUACCCGAACUGCUUCUGAGGCAGAAAUAAAAAAAGCUUAUAGAAAACUUGCACUCAAAUGGCAUCCAGAUAAAAAUCCCGACAAUGCAGAUGAAGCAAAUAGAAGAUUUAAGGAAAUUUCAGAAGCAUAUGAAGUCCUUUCAGAUGAAAACAAGCGGAAAGUAUAUGAUGCACGUGGAUCCAGUCACCACAGUCACAGAUAUCAAAGCAAGAAUGGAGUCAAUGGUCACCGACACUUUAGCUUCAAGGGUUUUUUUGGAGACACGCCAUUUCAUCGGUUUUUUGAAAGAAAACGCCGGGUGUAUGAUCAGUAUGGCAAAGAAGGUCUGAAUAGCAGCAGAGGACGGCGUUCUACCUCUGAUGAGGAUUAUGACUUCGGCUACCACAGUUUCCCGUUUACAUUCCGCGAUCCAGAGGAAGUCUUUAGAGAAUUCUUCGGCGGCUCUCCGUUUAGUGAAUUAUUUGCAGACAUCAACGGGCACGGCCACCGCCGACACGGGCGUCGCAGCCACCACCCCAGCACAUCACUCACGUCCUCGCUGUUCAGCCCCUUCGGGUUCGGCAUGCAGGGCCUGGACGACAUAUUCGCGCACGCGGCGACCAACGGCAACACGUUCACGUCGUUCUCGACGUUCAACAGCUCGCUGGCGGGGCCCGGCAGCGCCAACAUGAGGAGCACCACCACGACCACGCGGAUCGUGAACGGCAAGAAGAUUACCACUAAAAAAGUAACGGAGAAUGGACGAGAAACCGUGAUGUCCUACGAAAACGGGGUCCUGAAAUCAAAGACUGUCAAUGGUGUACCUCAAUCACUAACAUACAGUUAAAUUAACAUGGUAACUCAUAACCAAACAUGAUCCAAAUGACAACUGUACUCAAUGUAAUACAUGAGUUACAUGUUCCAUCUUUAUAAUAAUGUUUGCUUAAUUUAGUUUAGUUUCUGAUAAUGUAAAUUUUUAAUGUCAACCUUAACUGUAAGCGAGGUUUGCUUCUUUUAUAUUAAUUUCUCAUACUCUUACAAAAAUAUAAAAUCGACUUAUAGAUAAUAUUAUAUCUUGCUCAUGAGGUUGCAAUGUUUGCAGUUGUAUAACCUUGAUCUCGGUCUUUGAAAGAGAAACGACUAAUACAUGUUCCAAUGCCACUGCAAUAACAAAAUACGUUAUAAAAACAACUUCAAAAGUGUUUCAAACAUGUGUGGUCAUUAUAUUUAGACAUUUUUAAUAACGUCAAAAAGUCAUCAAAGUUAGAUAUUAAUAUUUUUUAUAUAACACAGCUUUUAGUUUUAAUAUUUCUAGGUUUGUUGCUUAAAAUUUUCAUUAAAACAGCGAUAUUAAAACAGAGGGUAGUAUAAAUUUUACUUACAAAAUAUACCCUGCUAGGAAUAUAACUUAUGGCUAUUCAGAAUACUGUGUCUAUUAUAAGUUUCUAGUAAAAUGUAUUGAGAUAUCACAAAUUUAGUCAUGUUGAUUGAUUAUUUUAGAAAAAUGUUUGAUACAUUAAUUUCACUUCCUACACCAGAGUCGCUUCAAGAAAUUUGGUGUAAUUCUUUUCAAUGUUUUAAAAAUCUACACUGAUAACUUUGUGUGAGCUUUAAAGUUUUUGCAUUACAUGUGAUGAUAAGAUUUUACAAUGACGGGUUUUUAAUCUAAUACAUGAUAUAAAUUGCCGUUUCAAUAUUUUAGCAUGACUGUUUAGUUGCAUGCAGUAUUUUGCGAUUUUAUCGUUAUCAUUUUUGGAGAAGAUAAAAGAAAUAAAUUGUAAUUAGUAAUUUUAUAAGAAUAGUAAUUUCAGUAGGUACUUAAUUAACGUCGUACAUAUUUACAAUGACAAAAAAUAUCAAAUAAACAUAUUUCUUCAAUGUCAUUUAUGCUACUUACAGUCGGUGUUGUUGUUAAUGGCUAUAUUAUAUCUUGUGCCAUUAAUAUAAAAGUAGAUUAGAGAUUAUCUUUUCGGAUUAUUGUAAAUAAAUUUGUUUCAAGGUUUUGUACCCAACAAAAUUUAUGUUAGCAAAUAAUAAGCACUGCAGAAAUAUUAAAUAAAAUAAAACAAU